CGCCCCCCCAGCCGGGACCGGACCUGUGCCGCCCACCCCCAGGCGGGACCGGACCUGUGCCGCCCACCCCCAGGCGGUUCCGGAUCGGUUCCGUCCCCCUCAGUCUGGACCGGACCGGUACCACCAAAUCCAGCCGGGUUUGGACCGGUACCGCCCCCAGCCUGGACUGGACCUGUGCCGCCCCCCCCAGGUGGAUCCCUCCCCGGGCCCGGCUCGGAGCCGGCCCCAGCACUGCCAUGAGCUGAGGGCACCGUGCCCGGCGCUGGCCCGGCCGGCCAUGUGGGCACCAGAGCCGCGAUGAGCCCGGGGCUGGGACACUGGGCACAGGUACCUGGGAAGACGCUCUGAACAGGUCCCGCCAGCGGGGGGCGCCGCCCGCCCCAUGGAUCUCCAUCCCUUCGGCCCGCGCCCCCCCAGGGACGGAACCGCUGACCCCCGGCACCAGCCCCCAGCCCGGGAGGAGCCGUCCGGGCGCCGGCUCAAACUGGAGGAGGACGAGGAGGCUGGGCGGCCGCGGGCCCCCCGGGCCCCACCCUGGCCCCCUGGCCCUGGGGAGGCUGGGCCGGAGCAGGGCGAGGCCGCGCGCUACGGCCGCUACCUGCUGAUCGACAGCCAGGGGCUGCCCUACACGGUGCUGGUGGAGGAGGCGGGCGCGGCGGGCGAGCGAGCGGGGCUGCGGAAGGUGUACUGCUGCCCCGUGUGCUCCCGCACCUUCGAGUACCUUUCCUAUCUGCAGCGGCACAGCAUCACCCACUCGGAGCACAAGCCCCACGUCUGCCGGGCCUGCGGCAAGGCCUUCAAGCGCACGUCCCACCUGGAGCGGCACAAGUACACCCAUGCCGGGCGCAAGCCCCACCAGUGCCCCAUCUGCCAGCGUAGCUUCCGUGACGCCGGCGAGCUGGCCCACCACCAGCGCGUGCACACGGGCGAGCGCCCCUUCCAGUGCGAGGACUGCCACAUGCGCUUUGGCGAGCGCAACACGCUCCAGCGGCACAUCCGGCGCAAGCACCGCCAGCAGCCGCCCACGCCCUGACGGGCACGGGGAGCCCCGGAGCCGGGCCGGCGCCGCCCUGACGGGCACGGGGAGCCCCGGAGCCGGACCGGCGCCGCCCUGACGGGCACGGGGAGCCCCGGAGCCGGGCCGGCGCCGCCCUGACGGGCACGGGGAGCCCCGGAGCCGGACCGGCGCCGCCCUGAUGGGCACGGGGAGCCCCGGAGCCGGACUGGCAACUCCCCAUGGGUUAGCCAUGUAGCAACCCUUGUCCCCACAUGGGUCUACUGUACCCCCACACCCUGUCUAGGGGAGGGAGGCGUGCCCUGUAUCCCUGUGGGCAGCCCCCCGUGCCCUAGCCCAAGGCAUUGGCCUCCUCACAGAUGCCCCCCACGGCGCCCCAAGACAGGCUGCCCGUCGCAGAUAGGGCAUGGCAGCCUGGAUCAGGUCAAUCUGAGCCCUUGUGGGUCCUGGAGCACUCGGGUAAAUACGGGACUUAUCGGUGGUAAUUCACUAGGGGGCAGGGAAUGGGGCAUAAGGCCUUUUCCCUCUACGGGGCGCCGGCUCCCAUCCGGCCCCAGGGUGGGGACUGGCUGGCUCAGGAGAGCAGGAAAUGGGGCCCGGGGCCUUUUCUCUCUAGGGGGCACAGACUCCCCCCUGGCCCCAGGGCAGGGACUGGCUGGCUCAGGGAGGCAGGGAACGGGGCCUUUCCCCUCUAGGGGGCCUCAGCUCCCAUCUGGCCCCAGGGCAGGGACUGGCUGGCUCAGAGGGGCAGGGAAUGUGGCACGGGGCCUUUCCCCUCUAGGGACAGAUAGCUUAGUCCUACAGCCAGUGGUUGGGGGGAGGAGGGAGGUUGUCCUGGCCACCCCCAUAGAGGGUCGCGGUGACUCUACAGUCCCUAGAAAUAGGCUCAUAUUGCUCCUCAUGGCCCAUCUACCCUGUAUCCGGCCCUCUCCUGGUCACUGGAGCAGCCCCACUGGCCUAUGUAACCUGGUAUUCCACCCCCUCCCUGCCCCCGGAUCAGUCCCAGAGGCCCAUCUGCCCCGGUAUCCUGCCUCAAACAGUGACCAACGGCUGGGGGCCAUCACGGAAGGCCCACCAUGCACUGGGACCAAUCUUCACAUUGUGUUUUUCGGUCUGGCGCCCCCAAAUAGCUGCAGGUGGAGGCAGGGGAGUGGGACGCCCCCCAAGGACUCCCCACCUCCCAAUCGCCCCGGAGAAGGAAAUCCAACGACAGAACUGGACCCACAGGCCAUCAAGCCCAGAUCACUCCAAGGUGCCCGGCCUGGCCACCUGCUCCCUCUCCACAGCUCCGAUUUACGGUGGAAUCUUCGUUAUCUUGGUUUUUUAAUUAUUAUUAUUAAUUAAAACACUUUUGUUUGGUU